AGCGGACAGACCUGCCAUCCCCGACUUCGGACGGCGCGGGUCAGUGCCUGGAUCACCCUCACCGACAGCGUCUCUUUCCACCCGGAGAGAGGCAUCGGCCCCCAAGGGGGGCUCCCUCAGGCAGCCUCUGCCACCUCUGCAUGGCUGCGACCCGGCGAGCGGAGAGUCGUCGCCGCUGAGACCUGGUGCCCUUCAACGGCCUGGCUGAUCUGGGACCCUGCUGCUCCGUGCGCCCCACCGCGGGCCCCCAGCUCCGCCAUGCUGGCCUGUCUCCAGAGGACCCAGAACCCACCGGGCCAACACCUGGCCUGCCCGAGCAAGAGCCUGGAGCUCCGAAAGUGCGAGACGGCGGCCAGCUCCAUGCAUUCGUCCCGUUACCCGAGCCCGGCCGAGCUGGACGCCUACGCCGAGAAGGUGGCCAACAGCCCGCUGUCCAUCAAGAUCUUCCCCACCAACAUCCGGGUGCCGCAGCACAAGCACCUCGGCCGCACCGUCAACGGCUAUGACACGAGUGGCCAGCGCUACAGCCCGUACCCGCAGCACGCCGCCGGCUACCAGGGCCUGCUGGCCAUCGUCAAGGCCGCCGUCUCCUCCUCGGGCGCCGCCGCACCCGCCGGGCCCGCCAAAAGCGUGCUCAAGAGCGCUGAGGGCAAGCGGACCAAGCUGUCGCCGGCCGCCGUGCAGGUGGGCAUCGCGCCCUACCCGGCGCCCAGCACUCUGGGGCCCCUGGCCUACCCCAAGCCCCCCGAGGCGCCCGCCCCGCCACCCGGCCUGCCCGCAGCCGCCGCCACCGCCGCCUCCGUCAUUCCCCUGCCCGGCCGUGGCCUGCCCCUGCCGCCUUCCAACCUGCCCUCCAUCCACAGCAUCCUCUACCAGCUCAACCAGCAGUGCCAGGCCCCGGGCGCUGCGCCCGCCGCCUGCCAGGCCGUAGCCGGUCCCCGCCCCAGCCCGGCCAAGCACGGUCCCGUGCCCGGCUUCCCCGGCAUGGCCUACGCGGCCGCUGCCGGCCUGCCCGACUGCCGGAAGGGCGCCGAGCUGGGCCAGGGGAGCACGGCAGCCUUGACGUUGGCUGGGGCCACCAAGCCUGCAGGGUACGCGGACGGGGGCCUGGAUUACCUGCUGUGGCCGCAGAAGCCGCCCCCACCGCCACCCCAGCCACUGCGGGCCUACAGUGGCGGCACGGUGGCCAGCAAGUCCCCCGAGGCCUGUGGGGGGCGGGUGUAUGAGCGGGCCGGCGGGUCGCCCCUCAACUGCGGCAUGGGGCUGCCCACCGGCUUCACUGUGGGCCAGUAUUUCGCCGCCCCCUGGAACAGCGUGCUGGUGACCCCCACCAGCGACUGCUACAACCCAGCGGCGGCAGCGGUGGCAGUCACCGAGCUGGGGCCGGGGGCGGCCCGGGAGCUGGCGGGGCCCCCCGUGGAGGCCCUCUCGGGCCUGCCCAGCAAGAGCAUGUGCAACACGGCGGUGCUGAGCAGCAGCCUGCAGUCGCUGGAGUAUCUCAUCAAUGACAUCCGGCCCCCCUGCAUCAAGGAGCAGAUGCUGGGCAAGGGCUAUGAGACAGUGGCCGUGCCCCGGCUGCUCGACCACCAGCACGCCCACAUCCGCCUGCCCGUCUACAGAUAAGGCCUGCCCGGCGGCCGCACGGACAGACGGACAGGGCGCCGAGCGGGGAGGCAGGCCGCGGAGCAGGGUGGGCGGUGCCCUGGGGCACCCGGCCUCGCCCCAUGCCCGGGUGCCCGUGGAGGCCCACAGGGAAGCCAGGCUGGCUGCUGCUGUGCGGCCACCUGAUGGGGAGUAGCAGGGCGACCUGGCUCCCCCAGGCCCCUCCCUGCCAUCGGCUGCCCUAGGAUACGGCGGGGGGGGGGUUGCCCAGGGCAGCCGCGGACGGCCAGCCUGUCCUCCUUCCAAGCUGGCAGAGGCAGGGAGAGAGAAACCACCUUAAAACAGGAAUGGUUCUUUCUGGCUUUCCCAGGAGAGGAGCUCAGGCCAGGGUGGGAUACAGGAGAAAAUGUGACAGUCUAGAGUCAGGGUGGGGUCAGAGCAGCCCCCCGGGGUUCAGACAUCUCCUCCCCGCUCCCCCAUAGCUCCCCGGUCUUGGAAAAGGAGCCAAGAAGGGGCAUAGGAAGUCACAGGGCCUACAGUGUCCCCUGCUGGCCAAUCCAGGUGAAGACCACUCUAAUAGAGGCUCCAAGGACUACCAGUGCCCCCCGCUCCUCCCUCCUCCUCUAGGUUCUCCUUCCCCUCCUCCCAUUCCUUCCCAACACAGAAUUGUACCCCCAUCCCCACUCUCUCCAAACCCUGUACUACCACCUUCCCCCUUCUCGCCACAUCUUACAGGGCUGCUGGACACAGUUGUAUAGGCUGUGCACUGCACAAGGGCACCUCGUCCAAGGAGACACCAUUUGCAUCCUAGACUUGUAUAUUUAUUAUGGCAAUUUUCCGAAUCUUGAGGAAGGGGUGCCAUUUUCCCUAUUCGCACAAAGGCACCACAGGGGCUAACAGUGGGCCUGCCAUCUUCGACACCAGUCAGAAGGACCCUACCCUCCCUUCUUCGGGGGUUUCCCUAGGAGCCAGCGAGGAGGCGACCUACUGGUUUUAGUUGGGAGAGCCAAUCCAACUCCCUUCUUGCAAGCUGCCCUCCAAGGCCUGCCGCGCACCAUCAAGGGUCCAGGGGGGGAGGCAGGCAGGGAUUCCCCCCCCUUCCCCGUUACGUCCCCAAGGCCCGGAUUCCCCGAGCCCUGGCCCCUCUGGCACUCCGGAAGCGGUACUGUAUCUCUCCAAGGCCUGUUCAAGCACUAAGUGCAUUUACAAAUCUCUGAGAAUGUUUUUUUUUUAUACUAAAAUUGACCAUUAUAUUCUACUGUGAGAAGUGCAGUCUGCACUAUAUUGUUUUAAAA